CAUCUCCACAAGAAGUGGUUCCAUGGCUAAACUGUUGACUCUGCAAAAGAGGGAGUGGCAGACACGCCUCCACAGUGGGUCGUCUUGUGACUUGUCCUGUAAGACGGGCACUAAUUGGGAUAGAAUUGUUCUAGUCUGGCCUAAGAUGGCUGCCUUGCUCAGCACAGCCCCCAGGAAUGCAAGAGAUCUGUCCUCACCACCUUUUACAUCAGAGUGUAUUGAGUGUAGGGAGGCAAGCAGAGCACAGCCCAGGAGGGUAAAUAGAGAGGUGGGGAGGAGAGAGGGAGGGAGAGAGGAUCCCAGUCUGUUGGCCAGGAGGUCUGGGAGGUGGGUGAGGGAAGAGAGGAGCUGCUGCUGGAUGGGGGAGAGGGUGGGGGAGGAAGAACAGCUUUCUCUGCAGAGAAGUGAAGUGAGAGUUGAGAUGUGGAUGAGAGACUCCAGUUCUCGGGCCAGCCAGCGAGCAUUGCUCACAGUUACUCGUGGAAGGUUUGCGUGGGCCGACAGAAAAGCCGGCGCUGGGCCCAGGCAGUUCAGAAGAUUGCUGCACGACUUCCCGCCCACGCCUUCUCUCUGUAGCAGAGCCGCGCACAGAUAGCUGUGAGCUUUCUCCCCACCACCGCCCUCUCUAAUGUAGCUUAGAGAGUCGUUCACUGCAGUCUCCAAGUCACACUGGCUGCUUUUGAGGGAAGAAACCAACUGCUUUAGCCGAACGUCUUCUCCCAUCGUGUUCCAAAUAAUGCCCGCCAGCAAUUGAUACGGCGUCUUGUGGCCCCGCCGGCUGCAUAACUCGGUUGUGUUGUGUGGUGUGUGCUAAGCCCCAGUGGUUGGUCUAGGGAUAUCUCCGGUGUACUGGCAGAUCAAGUUCACUUCUCUCGAUCAUGUCGACGGCACCCGACGCCGUGGAGCGUCGCAGCAAACUGCGCCUCACUGUCCACUCGGCCAAGACCCUCGCCAAGCGAGACUUCUUCAGUACCGAGGUACUUACAGCCUCCCGUACACUACAUCAGGGAUGAGGGAGGGCCCAGGUUCUACCCAGUAGAUAGCAUGAAGUACAGUGUGUGUUUGUUGCUUAUGGAGUGUUCCCUACAACAGAGCUGCCUGAUCCGUUUGCAAAGAUAGUGGUGGACGACAGUGGCCAGUGCCACAGUACAGACGUGGUGAGGUCCACUAUGGACCCCAAGUGGAACCAGCAUUAUGAUUUGUUCCUCAGUAGAACUGACUCAGUGACGGUGAGUGUCUGGAACAAUCGGAAGGUGCACAAGAAGGAGGGAGCUGGGUUUCUUGGUUGUGUCAGACUCAAUCCAUCCACCAUCACUCGACUAAAGGACACUGGAUACCAGAGGCUCAAGUUGAGUCACACUAGUCCAGAUGAAGAAGAAGGAAUCAGAGGCCAGCUAAUCCUGAGUCUGACGAGCAGAGACCACACCCAGCCAUCAUCCCUCUCCGCCCUCCAACCUCAACCCAACGAACUGCCUGAGGGGUGGGAAUGCAGGAGAACUCCAGACAGCAGGCAGUAUUACAUCAACCACUAUGACCGCUCCACCCAGUGGGACCGCCCUACCAGACCUGGUUAUGAAGCCAUUUCCUCAUCAUCAUCAUCUCGAGUGCCGAAUCCCACGCAACCCUCUCCGACCUCUGACCCCACAGGGGAUCAUCUGUCAGACCACACCUCCAACCACACCUCGACAGUUCCCUCCAGAGUAUCGACCACUCAGGGAACUCUGUCGACGGAGGAUCAGUUGACGUGUCCGUCCUCCCCACACCCUCCCACUGAUCCCAUCCCCACUCUCACUAUCACAAGAAAUGGGCAUCCGCGUCGAUCGUCAGGGACCCUCACCCGCAGAGACAUGUAUUUAUCUCGCAAUGCUCUCCACCAUGAGCUGCAGCUCCCCGAUGGAUACGAGCAGAGGACUACGUCACAAGGCCAGGUUUACUUCAUCCACCGCAGCACUGGAGUGAGCACGUGGCACGACCCCCGCUUCAGGCAGGUGGAGAUCGACCCCCUGGAAUUGGGCCCCCUGCCGGAGGGCUGGGAGAUACGAUACACCGAACACGGCAGGAAGUACUUUGUGGACCACAUGAGCCGCACCACUCAGUUCACUGACCCCAGACUCCCCAUGCACAUGGCACGGAGGAUACUGGUCGAUGUUCCUCCAGAUGACAGUCCCAGUGAGGGUGUGAGGGGUGGAAGUGGUGAGGGGAGAGGGAGAGGAGGGGGAGACAGCCCCGCCCCUCCUCCGGUGUCACGACGAGACCUGGUCCACAAGACGAGGCUGCUGCGAGAACAGCUAGCUGCCCUCCAGAGGAAGGCUGGGCACUGCCGCAUCGAAACUUCCAGAGAGAAUGUCUUUGAAGACUCGUACAGGCAGAUACUGAACAUGCGAGUGCCUCAGCUGCAGAAGAAGUUGUUGAUAAAGUUCCGUGGGGAGGAUGGGCUGGACUAUGGCGGCAUAGCUCGGGAGUGGCUGUAUUUACUCAGCCACGACAUGCUCAAUCCGUACUACGGGCUGUUCCAGUAUUCACGAGACGAUGUGUACACUCUGCAGAUCAAUCCGGACUCCUCUAUCAACCCAGAACAUCUGUCAUACUUCUAUUUCGUGGGCCGAGUUCUCAGUCUGGCUGUGUUUCACGGCAUGUACAUUGACGGAGGCUUCACUCUUCCCUUCUACAAGCAACUCUUGGGGCGACCUAUUACUCUGGAUGACAUGGAGAGUGUCGAUCCUGACAUCUACAGAUCCCUCAAGUGGAUGUUGGACAAUGACUUGUCAGAGAUGGACAUUCCUCAGUUCUUUGUUGUGGAGAGAGACAAGUUUGGGAAGCUGGUGCAUAGGGAACUCAAACCUGGUGGUGAGGAUGAGAUGGUAACCAACGACAACAAGGAGGAGUACGUCAGACUGUACGUCCAGUUAAGAUUCAGAGACGGCAUCGAGAAGCAGUUCCUGGCCCUCCAGAAGGGGUUCCAUGAGCUGAUCCCAGCUCACCUCCUGAAGGAGUUUGAUGAGAGGGAGCUGGAGCUCCUCAUAUCAGGACUGGGGAAGGUGGACGUUGUCGACUGGAAGAACAACACUAGACUCAAGAACUGCACUCCUGACACAGACACCAUCAAAUGGUUCUGGCAGGCAGUGGAGUCUUACGAUGACGAGAAGAGGGCUCGACUGCUCCAGUUUGUCACUGGCUCCAGUCGAGUGCCUCUUGAUGGUUUCAAGGCCUUGCAAGGUUCCACUGGGGCAGUGGGGCCCAGACUUUUCACCAUUCAUCUGGUGGACCAGCCAAUACACAAUCUCCCCAAAGCACACACAUGCUUCAACCGGAUUGAUCUUCCACCCUACAACAGCUAUGAACUGCUCUAUGAGAAACUGACCAUCGCUGUUGAACAAACUGUAGGGUUUCAUGUUGAGUAGCCACACACCCUCACGCUGUUGCAAUUACAUCAUCAUUAUCCCAAUUGGCAAUUUUAUGAUGACUGGAUAAAAUUGGGUCUAACUGUGUUUUGCGUAGUUCUUGCUAAUGUAUGGCGAGUCCACCUGGUAGAACCUCAGUAGAGUGGUGGCCCACUCUGGACCUGCUGAUGCAAUGCCAAUCCUUGGAGAUUUCCCAACGAGCUCAGGAGGACAGGGACUGCCCAUCUCCAACCAGAUUACUUGGGAUGUUGUCAUGUCAACCUUGUUGUGCCUGCAAUGAAAAAACAUCUCUUAGUCUCCCACUUUUCCUGGAAAUGCACCGUUUGUCAAUAGCAAGUGCCUGGCAUAGUUUUCCUGGUCCACUGCACAAGUCCCUCUCUCUCCUGUCCCCUCUGCGAGUGCUCAUGGUCUCCAGUCCUGCCACAGGACGCAGCGCUCGCACCAACACUGCUGCCCCAGAUCCUCUACUGGACACAUUGAAGCAGUGGUGGACUCCAUAUAUGGAGUAGACAUAGGCAGUACCUGGGGGCUGCAGAAAAGAGUUAUUCUCUUCUUUCUCCCUAUCCCCACCAACCUCCUCGUCCUCACCAUGAACAUUGCCUCGUUGGCUGCUGUGCGACGCCCACCGAAUGAGUGAGCUGCUCUGUUUCUCCUCCCAGAUAGGCCUCCACCUCCCCAACCUCCCCACGGCACUCCUCCCCAGCCUCACCUCUGCACACCAGCACACACCCCAGCAUUGCUCGAGCCAGAUCCUCGCACGGCUGGUCAUAAAACUCAAGUCCACACCUCACAACUUCGCUUGUCUUGUCUGUCUUCCUUUUGGUCGCCUGCUGUUCGCAUUCAUCGUCGUUUGCUCUUCUUUCCAUAUUGCCCAGCCACACCCCACUCUAGCUCUCAUGCGCGCUCUCACGCGGUGUCAGUGCACGCAUGCGCAACUGAAAAGUGGGCGGGGUUGCAAUGGGGUCGUGUACGUACGAUGGCUGAGCUGGCAGAGAGUGUUGUGGAAAAGAUCACAGUGAGCCUCAGUCCCAUUGGAAAUGCACCGGCUCUGAAGCAGAAGAGGUUCGCCGUGUCUCGAGAGAAGAACAUUGGCUGGCUGAACCAGUGGCUGAGGAAGAACCUCAAGUGUGAUGCAGCGGACUCUGUGUUUGUGUACAUCCAAAACUCCUUCUCUCCAGCUCUCGACACUGACCUUGGAUCCCUGUAUGAUUGCUAUGGAAGCAAUGGGAAGUUGACGCUGGCUUAUAGCAAGAUGCGUGCCUAUGGCUGA